AUGACGGCGGGGCAGCAGAGACCUGCAGCGGCUCUGCUGGUGACUAUCGCCAGCUGGAACGCUUUUCCCCACCUUCUGAGCAGCUUGACUCCGACGCAAGGGGUUUCGACCACCAGCGUGGCUCGCUUCGCGCGGGGUUUCGGCAGUGAGGAGCCGCCAAGCGCCAAAACUGCCCAGCAGCAGUACAAAACCAAGAAGGGCCUGAAGUCUACAGAAGCCGCUAUCGACUACUUUGAGAAAGCCAAGGAAUACCGAGACGCAGGCAACAACCAGAAAGCCAUUCAGAUGUAUCGCAAGGCCCGCGUGGCCAUAGGCAAGGCUGCUGGCAAUGGCUCGAAGGAUUACGCGCGAGUUUGCAGCGAUCUCGGAAUUGCUUACCUCGACGUGAAUAAGCAUGACCGGGCAGCGGACCUCUUAGAAGAGUCCAGGAAAGCGUUUGAGGUGGCCGUAGGCAAGAACAACGCAGAGUAUGCAGGUUGCCUGCGAAAUUUGGCCAGGCUCAGGUGGUCCACAGGUAAUGUUGCUGCGGUAGAGGCCCUUUUGAAGGAGGCUUCGCAUAUUUACGCAGCCGACCUGAGUAGCUUUCACAACGAAUACGCAGACACGCUGAAGAGCCUAGCCAGCCUGUACCAGACGCAAGGCCAGAUGGACCUUCUUCAGCCCAUUCUGCUUGAGGAGCAGCGAGUAAGGACUUUGGCCGCCAGUCUUGGUCGGUAG